CAACAUGGCGGACCUGGAGGCCGUGCUGGCCGAUGUCAGCUACCUGAUGGCCAUGGAGAAGAGCAAGGCCACGCCGGCCGCGCGCGCCAGCAAGAAGAUCGUCCUGCCAGAGCCCAGUAUCCGGAGCGUAAUGCAGAAGUAUCUUGAGGAGAGAAGGGAAAUAACCUUUGACAAGAUUUUCAAUCAGAAAAUUGGUUUCUUGCUAUUUAAGGAUUUUUGUUUGAAUGAAAUCAAUGAAGCGGUACCUCAGGUGAAGUUUUAUGAAGAGAUAAAAGAAUAUGAAAAGCUUGACAAUGAGGAAGAUCGUCUUUGUAGGAGUCGACAAAUUUAUGAUACCUAUAUCAUGAAAGAGCUUCUCUCCUGUUCACACCCAUUCUCAAAGCAAGCUGUGGAGCAUGUACAAAGUCAUCUAGCCAAGAAACAUGUGCUACCAACUCUCUUUCAGCCCUAUAUAGAAGAAAUCUGUGAAAGUCUUCGAGGCAACAUUUUUCAAAAAUUUAUGGAAAGUGACAAGUUCACUCGGUUUUGUCAGUGGAAAAAUGUAGAAUUAAAUAUUCAUUUGACCAUGAACGAUUUCAGUGUACAUAGGAUUAUUGGACGAGGAGGAUUCGGUGAGGUGUAUGGUUGUAGGAAAGCAGACACUGGAAAAAUGUAUGCAAUGAAAUGCUUAGAUAAGAAGAGGAUCAAGAUGAAGCAAGGAGAGACGUUAGCCUUAAAUGAAAGGAUCAUGCUGUCUCUUGUCAGUACAGGAGAUUGUCCUUUCAUUGUCUGUAUGACCUAUGCCUUCCACACGCCAGAUAAACUCUGCUUCAUCCUGGAUCUGAUGAACGGGGGCGAUCUGCAUUACCACCUUUCCCAGCAUGGCGUGUUUUCUGAGAAGGAGAUGCGGUUUUAUGCCACUGAAAUCAUCCUAGGGCUGGAGCACAUGCACAGUCGCUUCGUUGUGUACAGAGAUUUGAAGCCCGCAAAUAUCUUGCUAGAUGAAAAUGGUCACGUGAGGAUAUCAGAUCUCGGUCUGGCUUGUGAUUUCUCCAAAAAGAAGCCACACGCAAGCGUUGGCACCCAUGGGUACAUGGCUCCUGAGGUCCUGCAGAAGGGGACGGCUUAUGACAGCAGUGCCGAUUGGUUCUCCUUGGGCUGCAUGCUCUUCAAACUUCUGAGAGGCCAUAGCCCUUUCAGACAACAUAAAACCAAAGAUAAGCAUGAAAUAGAUCGGAUGACACUCACAGUGAAUGUGGAACUUCCGGACACUUUCUCCCCUGAAUUAACAUCACUUCUGGAAGCCUUGCUUCAGCGAGAUGUUAACAAACGACUUGGCUGCCACGGAGCUGGCGCGCAGGAAGUGAAAGAACAUUGUUUUUUCCGAGGCGUUGACUGGCAGCAUGUCUACUUACAGAAGUAUCCCCCACCCCUGAUUCCUCCUCGUGGAGAAGUCAAUGCUGCCGAUGCCUUUGAUAUCGGGUCAUUUGAUGAAGAAGACACCAAAGGCAUUAAGCUUCUUGAUUGCGACCAAGAACUCUACAAGAACUUCCCCUUGGUCAUCUCGGAGCGCUGGCAGCAGGAAGUGGCGGAAACCGUAUAUGAAGCAGUCAACGCAGACACAGAUAAGACCGAGGCCAGGAAAAGAGCUAAAAAUAAGCAGCUUGGCCACGAAGAAGAUUAUGCACUGGGAAAAGACUGUAUCAUGCAUGGGUACAUGCUGAAACUGGGGAACCCAUUUCUAACUCAGUGGCAGCGACGAUACUUUUAUCUGUUCCCAAACCGGCUGGAGUGGAGAGGCGAAGGUGAAUCCCGGCAAAAUUUACUGACGAUGGAACAGAUUGUCUCGGUGGAAGAAACUCAGAUUAAAGAGAAGAAGUGUAUCUUGCUCAGGAUAAAAGGAGGGAAGCAAUUUGUCCUGCAAUGCGAGAGUGACCCAGAGUUUGCACAGUGGAAAAAGGAGCUGACCGAGACCUUCAUGGAGGCCCAGAGGCUCCUGCGUCGCGCACCCAAAUUCCUCAACAAGCCACGAUCCGCUGUCCUGGAACUCUCGAAGCCGCCCCUAUGCCACAGGAACAGCAACGGCCUUUAGC